GGAAGUAGCUAGGUACGUAACUAGCUUAUCGAGCUAAGAAAUUAAUUAAUUAAAGCGAGCGAGCGAGCAUAUAUAUAUAUAUAUAUAUAUGUCGUCAUCUGCAGAAGAUGUAUAUCAAAAUUGGGUGAUAAAGAUAAACGAUGAAUUGGAAGCGGCAAGACGCAGAGAUUCAGAUGUUAAUGCGGAAAAGGAGCAGUGGGGGAAGCGCUCCAUCUACCGAAUCCCUGCGUCAUUCACCGACGUAAACCAGAAAGCAUACAAGCCACAGGCGGUCUCUUUUGGGCCUUAUCAUCACGGCGAGGAACAUUUAAAGCCUAUGGAGGUGCACAAGCACAGGGCAUUGGUUCGGUUCCUGAGAAGGUCAGGAAAACCACUGCAGCAUUAUCUUCAUUCCCUGGAGCCCCUGCUGCAAGAUCUAAAAGACGCCUACGAUACAACAACAACGCACCAAGUAGAAGAAGAUGAGAGGAUUAAUUCUGUAGGCGGCCAAUUCCUGCAACUCAUGAUUCUGGAUGGGUGUUUCAUGCUGGAAAUAUUGCGAACUGGAGCGGGUUCACCUAAGUAUUGUCUAGGAAAAGAUGACUACGCCCCAAAUGAUCCUGUUUUCAGUGAUCAUGGAAAGCUGUACGUGAUUCCACACCUUAGGCGCGACAUGCUGGUGCUUCAGAAUCAGUUGCCAAUGCUUCUUCUUUACACUCUGCAUGCCGUCGCUAACAACGGCCAUAAUAUGCAUGUUGAUGUUGAAGGAAGCGUGGAAUUUAUGAAUGACCUGAUCAUCAAAAUAUGGAAUCCCAAUAAUUUUGAUCCUAAGAAAAAAUUGGGCAAAUGUCUGCACGUGCUGGAUUUGUAUCGGAAGAACUUGCUUUGGGAGCAGGACAAGUACUACCGUAAGCGGCAGAAGAAUGUGAAUAAAAUGAGAGGAGCUCGAGAAGCUGCCCGUCGUCGUCAUGGCCACAAAGCUAGAGGCGGCGAUGACCAGAUUAUCCGAUCCGCGACCGAACUUUACGAAGCGGGCAUUCGAUUCAAGAAGAGCAAAACGCAAAGCCUUGCGGACAUCUCAUUCCGGUCUGGAGUACUGAGGCUUCCUCCCAUUACGGUGGACGAUACCAGCGAAUCCAUGUUCCUAAACCUAAUAGCUUUCGAGAGAUCCCACUUUGGGGCGGGAAACGAGGUCACCUCAUACAUCUCUUUCAUGGAUAACAUCAUUGACAGCAGCAAGGAUGUUAGCCUCCUCCACUCUUCGGGAAUAAUCCAAAACGCGAUUGGAAGUGACAAAGCGGUAGCCAAAUUGUUCAACUCCCUGUCCAAAGAUACAACCAUGGAUCCAGAGAGCAGCCUGGAUUUAGUCCAGAAUAAGGUGAGUGAGUACUGCCAGAAACCAUGGAACGAGUGGCGAGCAAAUCUCAUCCAUACAUACUUCAGGAGUCCAUGGGCUAUACUCUCCGUCAUUGCUGCCAUUUUCCUCUUCGCCCUCACCAUUGUUCAGACCGUCUACACUGUUUUACCCUACUACAACCACUCCAAUUCUUAAACGUACUGCAACCAACAAACGCUAGCAUAGCUGGAACGUACCACCUGAACUGAGCUGAUGACUGAUGAGUGUGUUUUUUUUUCUUUGAGUGUGUGCGUGUUUUUUUCUUUGAGUGUGUGGUUAAGUUCAUGUUAUUCUCUUCAAUCCUUAUCCAUACCACAUAUCCAACAAACUCUACAUUUCAUGAAAAUUAGAACAGAGAAAGCCAAACCCAAUCUCCAAUAUAAUUGGUAUGUUUUUCAAGAAAAGCACAUGCUUCAAUCUCCUUCAGUGUACUGUUUGCGUAUAAUAUCCAGUCCAUGCCAGUAUUUUACCACUACACCAAUCUGGAUCUCUUUCAUGAGAAAUGUAUUUGAAAUUUUAUUAAAUCCGAUUGGUAGCUCAA